AGUUUAUAUAUAAACACACGCACUAAGCAUCUAGUGAUAGCUGAGUGUAUAAAUCCGAAACGCAAAACCUGUGAAGUAAAACCCUUUCGAUUGAAAACAAAAAAAUGGUGUAUGGAACAUUUUGUGCACUGAGCCAUAAAUCGCUAGUGUUAUCUCGUUCCCUCAAGUUUUGGCGUCAAACCAUUUCUCUUUCAGCUACUCCUACUCGCAUUCAAAGCAACUCUUUCCCUUUCAACCGCAAUGGAACCCCCCUCACACCACUGCGCUUUCGUAAUUCUCGCCUCUCUGCCCUCUCUGACUCUAAUAACGCUUCAUCUGGAAAUGGCGGACUUGGUGGUGGCUCUGGCGGUUGGAAUUCCGGCGGCGGCGGCGGCGGCAGCGGCAGCGAUGGAGGAGAAAAGUGGUCCUUCUUGUCAUGGUACUUGGCUCUUCUUGGAAAAUACCCUGUACCAGUAAAAGCUCUAACAUCUGCAAUUUUGACACUAAUUGGAGAUUUGAUUUGCCAGCUUGUGAUAGACAAAGUGCAGUCAGUGAACUUCAAAAGGACAUUCCUCUUUACUCUGCUUGGUUUUGUGUUAGUGGGUCCAACAUUGCAUUUCUGGUACUUGUAUCUGAGUAAACUUGUUACACUUCCUGGAGCAUCAGGUGCACUUUUGCGGCUUGUACUUGAUCAGUUCUUAUUUUCUCCCAUAUUCAUUGGAGUUUUCUUAGCUACAUUGGUGACACUAGAGGGAGGGCCAUCACAAGCUGUGCCCAAGCUUAAGCAGGAGUGGUUUUCUGCUGUUCUAGCGAACUGGCAAUUAUGGAUACCUUUUCAAUUCCUCAACUUUAGAUUUGUUCCGCAACAAUUUCAGGUCCUUGCUGCUAAUGUCAUUGCUUUAGUAUGGAAUGUUAUUCUCUCAUUUAAGGCACACAAAGAAGUUCUUCCAAAAUAGAAUUAUUCAGACAAGGAACUUGCAAGGAAGCUGCAGGAGCUGUAUUCAAGUCUUUUAAAUGUUAUGGUAAUUUAGGUGAACAUGAAGACUAGCAGUUCUAUAAACUCGCAUGUAGAAUUUUUGUAUACUACUUUCAUCAAUGUAAGCCUCCUCCUUGUGUUCCCUAAGAUCCUCCUUGCAUACUAUUUUUGUAUAUAAUAGCUAUUCUUUUGUUAAACAAAUUCAAAAAGAAAAUGGUUUUAGGAAGCGAAGUUUAG